AUGAGCAUGAGUAAAAACCGGCUUGUGACUAUAGUGCCAAGCGAUGCCCCCUUUAAUACCAGAAGAGCUUACACAAGUGAAGAUGAAGCUUGGAAAUCUUAUCUGGAAAACCCCUUAACAGCAGCUACUAAAGCUAUGAUGAGCAUCAACGGAGACGAGGACAGUGCUGCUGCUCUGGGAUUAUUAUAUGACUAUUAUAAGGUUCCAAGAGAUAGAAGAUUAUUGCCUGUUAACAAAGUGAGUGAUAAUCAAGAAGACCAGGAGAAAAGAAACUGCCUUCCCACUAGCGAAACGCAAAGUAACUUGAGCAGCAAUGGUGAAAACAGAGUGCAGGUUUUGAAAACGGUGCCAGUAAAUCUCUCCGUCAAUCAAGAGCAGUUGGACACUUCCAAAAGGGAGCAGUUCAAUUCAAAUGUAUCAGGAAGCCCAUCCUCCAUUUCUGUGACUGGAGUGAUGGUGGUGAAAGCAGAGGAAUAUACCCCAGUUUACAUGACUCCUUCAGUGCAUUAUGCCAGGGGAGAAAAUGAAGAACAUCGGGGGGUCAUAUUUGAACAUCCGCAUUAUGAAGUGCCCAGCAUCACAGCCCAUUCAACCUAUAUGAAAGACGAUCAACGCAGCACUCCAGAUAGUACUUACAGUGAUACCUUUAAAGAUGAGGGAACAGAGAAAUUUCGCAGUAGUUCUGUAGGUCCCGAGGAAUAUAUUUAUGAACAAACAGCCAAUAACACAUUUCGAUAUACUUUGGAAGCUACCAAAUCCCUCCGCCAAAAACAAGGAGAAGGACCAAUGACUUACUUAAACAAAGGGCAGUUUUAUGCCAUAACACUGAGUGAAGCUGGGGACAACAAAUGCUUCAGAUAUCCAAUCAGCAAAGUCCGGAGUGUGAUCAUGGUUGUAUUCAGUGAAGAUAAAAACCGGGAUGAGCAGUUGAAGCACUGGAAAUAUUGGCAUUCACGACAGCACACAGCUAAACAGAGGGUCUUGGACAUUGCUGAUUAUAAGGAAAGCUUCAACACCAUUGGAAAUAUUGAAGAAAUUGCCUAUAAUGCUGUUUCAUUCACUUGGGAUGUUAAUGAAGAGGCAAAGAUUUUCAUCACAGUGAACUGCCUAAGCACAGAUUUCUCUUCUCAAAAAGGAGUCAAGGGUCUUCCUUUGAUGAUUCAGAUCGACACAUACAGUUACAACAAUCGCAGCAAUAAGCCCAUUCAUCGGGCCUUCUGCCAAAUCAAGGUUUUUUGUGACAAGGGAGCCGAAAGGAAAAUCCGGGAUGAAGAAAGAAAGCAAAACAGAAAGAAAUCGAAAGGCCAAGUUUCUCAGGCAACUUGCCCUAAUGCAGAAGGGAAGAUGACUCCUGUGCCUCUCCAAAAGAAGAAUGACAUCACCUAUUUCAAAACUAUGGCUGACCUGGAGUCCCAGCCUGUUCUUUUCAUACCAGAUGUUCAUUUUGGCAAUCUCCAAAGAGCUGGGCAGGUUUAUUAUAACAACGAUGAUGAACGAGAAGGUGGCAGUAUUCUAGCUAAACGGAUAUUCCGCACAGUUGAAGAGGACCUUGUUCCACCACCAUUGAAACAAAUAAAAGAAGAAGGAACAAAAAAAGUUCUGCUGUAUGUGAGGAAAGAAGCAGAUGAAGUGUUUGAUGCUUUGAUGUUAAAAUCACCCACAGUAAAAGGGCUUAUGGAUGCAAUUUCUGAGAAAUAUGGCCUUCCAGCUGAGAAGAUUACAAAGCUUUAUAAAAAAAGCAAAAAAGGGAUUCUGGUAAAUAUGGAUGAUAACAUCAUUGAACAUUAUUCCAAUGAAGACACUUUCAUCCUAAACAUGGAGAACAUAAUGGAGGGUUUCAAGGUCACGUUGACAGAAAUCUAGUUUACACCGGCAUAGACCUUGUGAAGUGAAAACGUUUUGCCAUCAAGGAAGAAAUGAUAAUAAAACCCUGAUUUCAUUGAUAACGGAGAAGAAAGGUUGUUGCAAAACUAAAUUGGAAACAACCACAUUUUUUUUUGCCACUGGAAGCCAAUUUGGCAAUUACUGACGAGUCUGUUCAAAAGAACAUUUCUUCACAAAGUUCAUUAUUUAUUGCUCCUCACUCUGCAAUAUGUAAAUAAUCAGUGGACCCUAGACUUCACAAUCUUGAUGUUGCAAAGGUAUAACAGAGACUUUAAAUAAAAACAACAAAAAUAGUUAAGACAAGGAAAAUAACAAGUUGAAAAAUAAUGUUAGUUCCACUGGGACUUAAUCACUGAAAUUUCACCUUCUAAAUGAAUUGCUAGAAAACCUGAUAAGCGUUAACAAUGUGCAAAGUGCCUCGUGAUCUUUGCACACCUACUGUAUACCAAACUUCUAGUGUUGGUAUCACAUAGCUUAGCCAUAUCCCUCCCUUUGCAGGUCAACUGAGGGCUUUUAAGAUUUUCAGAUGGCAUGUACUUUGUAAGUAAAACACCAUCCAUUUUAACUUCUGUAUAUAUGUGUUUAUAAUAUGUAAUAAUAUAUUUUCCUAUCAGUGUGGAUGUGUUUACUGCCACUCUAUUCUGUGUUUGGAUAAGAAGUUGGCAGAAUUCCUGUCCAAAGACCAAAGUUCUCUCACCAGCUAUUGAUUCUUCAGGGUUUUUGAUACCUUUUGUUCAAAGCUUAUCCAGGUGCCACAUUAUAAAGUUAAAACUCCUUAUUGUCACAACUAAGAUUAUUCUAUACCAGCUUCUCAGGUCUUUCAAAGAGAUGCUUUCUGUUAUUUUUAGACUUCCAUUAAGUCAGUCAUUUACAGAGUAGAACUGAAGGCCGUUUGGAGUGCAGCAGCUUGAGAGAGUCAGGCUUAUUCAAUUAUGCUGCAGUCUUCCAGUGCCUGAAAUACUUUUCCUAUCUCUUUAUCUAUCUCUCUAUCUCUCCCUCUCUCGUUUUGUUUUUUAAAUCUUCUGUGAUAUGCAUUCUUAAUGAAUGGCCGUUCACUUCUGCAAUGCAUCGUGCAAGAUGUCAUAAAAGUGACAUUUCUAUAUCAUUCCCACCAACGGCUGCUUCCCAUUUUUACCCAACCUUUUCUAAACACAUGUUUUUCCAUUCAAGUUACCUCUGUAAGUUCCUGGCAACAUGGAAUCAGUGUGAGUUUAGCAAGGUAUUUUAUUUUUUGCUUUUAUUUUAGGGAAAUUAUGUGCUUUAUAAAACAACAGACGCAUAAAAUUGGAAGGAAAGUUUGGAAUUGUGUAGUAGAGAAGUCCAAUCCCCUGAACAUGUCAUAUGUUGGAGGAUGUAAAUACAGGUGGUCCUUGCCUAAUGACCAAUUGUUUAGUGACCCAUUCAAAGUUAUGACUGAUCUCAUUAGAGGUCCUGGUUCUGGAGUUCUGCUGGAAGGACACACACACACACACCAAACCUGCAUUUACAACUAUAUGCAGGCACAUGAUUACAAUGUUCAGUAUUUUUUGCCAGUUUCUGGCAUUUACUUCUGGUUUCCAUAAAAAAGCACACAAUAAGAAAAAUGGGUUCAUUUAACAACCACUGCAAAGAAAAUGUAUAAAAUUGGGCAUGGUCCCAUGGUGAACCACAAAACCUAGUUGUAAUUCUGGGCUUGAAUACAGUUGUAUGUUUACAGUUGUAGAAGAUGUAAAUACCCAGUAUGUAUGUCUAGCAGAGGAGAACCUAUCAUCUGUGCAUCGGCCUCUUUCAUGUUCAAAGCAUCUCUUAAUGUUCAAUUGGUUCUCAUGCUUCCUUCAGGAGUAGCAGAGAAUCGCAGUGCCCAACAGCUUUCUAUAUAUAUGGAGAUGGCUACUUUAUAAAGGGUUGGACUUAGAUUUCUAAAUACCUUGCACAAACCCAGAGGGUUUUUCCCCCACUCUUUCACUUCUUGAAGAAAUCAAGCCAUACCCAUGAUUAGGGCCAGAAAUGAAUUCAAUUGAUUUGCAUUUUAGCCGAACUGACAUUUAGCUACUGAUUAAAAUACACUUUUCUGACUUUUGUAGUUCAUAGAUGUGUAGCAUGCAUUUCUUCAUGAAAUUGUGUACAAAAAUUACAGAACAGAUUUGAUCUAGUGCAGGGGUGUCAAACUCACAUCGUCACAGCAUCGUCAUGUGACAUAUCAUGACUUGCCCCCCUUCACUAAACCAGUUGUGGGUGUGGCCAGUAGAUGACACACCCAGCUGUGGGCUGUGAGUUUGGCACCUCUAAUCUAGUGGUUAAGCAGGCUCGAAACCAUGAAUUCUACUCCCCUUCCUUGGCCAUGAAAGCCAGGUGGGGGAUUGGCUAGUCAUUCUUUCUCAGCCCAAC